AUGAUAGACCAACUGGCCGAGGGAGAAACCUACGCCUCUGUAAUGAAAAAAGUUACUGCCAUCGACCUUAACCCACUCGGUGUCACGGUGAGAGGUGCCAAACGCUCAAAGGCAGGCGGCAUCAUUAUUGAAGUAGACGGAAAGGAUGACGCCGACAGGCUUGCAGAAGGGAUAAGGGAGGCCGUUGGAGCAGCAGCAGCUGUUAGGAGACCGACUAGAAGCACCCCAAUUCUUAUCCUGGACGUGCCAAACUGGAUAGAGGAGGCGGAAGUGAUUUCGCAGCUGGUAAACUUUGACAGCAGUUUCGGGGACUGUCAAAUCAGAAUAUCUGAUAACCAAGGAAGCCGAACAGCCUUUUGUAGAAUACCGAUGAAGGUAGCCUCAAAAGUGGCAGACGCUGGUAGAAUCCGCAUAGGCUGGGCGAUGUGCAGAGCCAAACUGUUGGAGAGGAAGGACAGGGUGUGCUAUAAAUGCCAAGGGACAGGGCACGUAGCCGCGGCUUGCAACUCAGAGGCGAAACCGAAAGCGUGCUUCACGUGUAAAUCUCUGGAACACCUGGCUCGAGAAUGUGUUGCUCCACCAAGGGAGAAAACCAAACCGACGCAAAGCAGGACCCCGCCUCUACAAUGCGAGGAGCCUGAGAGGAACCCUCCUCCAAAUGAUUAA